AUGCUCAGAUUUGCCAGAUUGAUAACGGGCUCAGCAUCCCCAACUAUUACGCUUUUCCACAAUACAAAUUCCAAGCUCUCUCAUCACUUGCUCGAGCGUUUGACCAUCCACAAAUCCCGCUUUUUGCUAGAUGUCCGUCAGAAUCGAUUACCACUGUACGAAACGUACUCCUUCAUCCACCAGGAGUGUAUGAAUGUUCAUCCCCAGAACAACCGGAGUUUCGAACGCAUUUUUCCAGCGUUACUUGCCUCGCCAAGUCACCUGUUUUGCAAUGUUGAAGUAAAGACAAAAUCAAAAUUGAAACAAUUCGUUCCAGACUUGGAAUUGGUGAAUGAGUCGUCUUAUCUGGAUAAUAUUGCUCUUCAUAAUGCGACAGAAUUAUCACCUUUCGUAGUGGACUGGGCCAACAAGUUAGUGGCUGUGGACGACGAAGGCUUAGACACCAUCAUGCAAAACUAUUACUCGUGUGGAAUGCAAAAGAGUAGUAAGGUACAUUUACCUGAAGGAAGUGACUCCAUACACCAAGGACCUGAUUCUGGAAACAGUCCUAUAUUCAAUUCUCCAAAGAUCUCCCUUCAAGAAACUUGUGGCCCUCAAUACAAUCAGUCUGCUGCGGCUGCUGCUGCUGCUGCUACGGCCGCUCGUUGUGUGGUGCAUCCUCACAUUGCCGAGUUUGCUGACCUCUACUGA